AAAGCCGCAUCGGCGACAGUAGUUUUAAUUUGUUUUUAUUGUUAUUAGUUUUAAUUAAUGUUAUAAUUAAUAAGUGUGUGCUGGAACCGUAGUAUUGUCUAGUCCUGUAAUAUAUCCCGCUCGCAAUCUGCUAUGCAAUGACUUUUAUUGUGCCAUAAAAUAUACAUUUGACGACUCUUUGUUCCCGAGGUGUUGUUUUCUUGAGAUUCGGGCGGCCGUUCCGGGUGGAACACUCAGCUAAACUUCCAAUUUAGUGCUAACAUUACGAUCUAGCCUCGGGAGGUUCCUGAAAACCAGUUUGAAACCAUUAUUGUUGUUUCGAAAUCUGUGUAUUUGGAGUGGUGUUGAAAUGGCGAGCAUACUCAAUGUUUCCCAAACAAAUCGAUGUUUACUGGCUAUAAAUGAAAUUCUGGUGGUCCAAUAAGAAUCCUACAUGAAAAUGUCUGUUCAGAAUCAGCAGGCAGUGUGGUCAGUGAAGGAAACAAUUGAUUCUAAGUAUGAAAAAUGUCGAAAUAUCACUGAAGAGAUUUAUAAAAGAAUAAACAUAACAUUUCAAAUAAAGCAGCUUGAAACGGCAGCGCAGAGUGAUGGCUCCGACCACAGCGAGCAAAUUGACAGCAAUGAACUGAGCAACGAAACCGAUCUGUUUGCGUGCGACAAGACCAGCAUAUCAAGUAGCACUGAAGCUGAGAAACCGACUGCCAAGUUCGUAAACAUCAACAAUAAUGAGGAGAAACCUAAGAAACCGGUGGUUGUAUACAAGAGACCAAGAAAACGAUUCCGCAAACGUGUAAAGAAGCGGCAAUCGAAACAGCGGAGCGAUUCAGACGGAUCCAGCGAUGAGGCGCUCCCGCUUAGCCGGAUGGUGGAAGGGGCCAAAGAGUUGGGGGCCACCGAGCGGGGGGCCACCGAGCCGGGGGCCAACAGCGACUCGCCGGAUCGCGUGAUGGGCGUGCCUAAUGUAGUCAUACUCGCAAAAGACUUAAUGAAACCAAAAAUCCAGCCAGCCGAUAAGAGGUCAACGAACUCUCUAAACAGAGACAGCAAGAAAUCGCAGAGCGAGACGGAGAACUCAGAGAGAACCAUUCCGACCAUAAACAAAACAGAUCCGGCCAUAGAGAAGAAAGAUUCGGCCAUAGAGAAGAAAGACCCGGCCAUAGACAAGAUAGGGGCGGGAAAAGAUGGCAAAGGCAUAGAUUACAAAAGUUGCAACAUGUGUAGUCUGUCGUUCAGAGGCGAGAGAGGAUUGAGGCGACACAUCACCAUGUCUCAUUUGAUAGAACCAAUUAAACCCAAUGAUAUGAAGCCAGCUUAAGUAAGACCUAGUUUAGCCAUAAAGAACAAGCACACUUAUCAACUCUGAAACGGAUCGUAACCGUAUCAACCCGAGGCGCACCGUAACGUAAACGCCUCGCGGUUGACAGCGCGGUGAAAGUGUUGUGUUGAUCCCUUUCCGCGUUGAUAAGUGUGCUAUGACCUUUAAUUGUCAACAUUAGUGCUUAAUGCGGGUAGUUGUGAAGCCAUGAGAAAUGUAAUGAAUAUGUGUUCUCAAAUAUUCGCACGUUUUCUCAUGGGGAUAUCAAAUAGAAAGAGCAUUAAAAAUGCACUGUUAAGUACGAAUUGUAGGUCUCGUUCUUAACUUAGUCAAUGCCUGAGGCAUGGGAGGGGUGACAUUAACAUAAAAUAUUAUGACGUGACAGAACAUACAAAUCUUAUAGAUGACCCACGCUG